GUCUUUGAAGAAGAGCAUCACAUCUUGUACCUGGACCAUGGUGGAGUUAUUGUGGCCAUCAAAGACACCUCUAUCCCUCUGAAAAUACUCAAGUUCAGUGUAGACGAAGGCCAGACUUGGAGUAUACAUAAUUUUACCAGCACUUCAGUCUUUGUAGAUGGAUUACUUAGUGAACCUGGAGAUGAGACACUGGUCAUGACUGUCUUUGGACAUAUUAGCUACCGUUCAGACUGGGAACUGGUGAAGGUGGACUUCAGACCAUCCUUCCCCAGGGAGUGCACCGAUGAUGACUAUGAGUCUUGGGAGCUCACAAAUCUACAGGGUGAUCGUUGCAUCAUGGGCCAACAGAGGAGCUUUCGAAAGAGGAAGAUUUCAUCAUGGUGCAUUAAAGGGAGAAGUUUCACAUCAGCGCUCACAUCCACAGUUUGUGAAUGUGUGAAUGCUGAUUUCUUAUGUGAUUAUGGGUUUGAGCGCUCUGCACCUCUGAAGUCGGAGUCUAGCAAAUGCUUUGCUGACUUCUGGUUUCACCCAGAAGCACCUCCUGAAGACUGUGUGCUGGGGCAGGCGUACACCAGCAGCACUGGGUACAGGAAGGUUAUUUCUAAUGUGUGUGAAGGUGGCGUAGACCUGCAGCAGAACUUAGCGCAGCAUAUGUGUCCAUUGAUUGCUCCCAAGGGACUUCAGAUCAGCAUCAGAGAAGAGAGCUUGGCUGUUAAGCCUGGGGAAGACAUCACCUUCAUUGUCAGACAAGAGCAGGGUGAUAUAUUGAAUACCAAAUACCAGGUAGAUCUUGGAGAUGGCUUUAAGGCAAUAUAUGUCAACCUUACCAUGACUGGAGAACCCAUCCGUCACCGCUAUGAGAAUCCUGGGAUUUACCGUGUCUCGGUGAAGGCUGAGAAUGUGGCUGGGCAUGAUGAGGCUGUGGUGUUCGUCCAAGUCAACUCUCCACUGCAGGCUUUAAAUUUAGAAGUGGUUCCAGUUGUUGGGAGAAACCAGGAGGUGAAUCUAACAGCCAUCAUACUGCCUAAGAACCCUAAUUUGACAGUCUUCUACUGGUGGAUAGGAAACAAUCUUCAGCCACUUCUUACAUUGGACAAUUUUCUGGUGACAAAGUUUGCUGACACAGGUGACAUCAGAGUUACAGUGCAGGCUUCCUGUGGGAGCUCCAUGCUUCAGGACUCAAAAGUUGUCCAUAUUUUUGAUCAUUUUCAUGUUCUUCCUCUGAAGUUUACUAAGCACCUGGACAUGUACAACCCCGACAUACCGGAGUGGAGGGAAGACAUAGGGCGGGUAGUAACACGACUUCUUGCAAAGGAAACCAAUAUACCUGAAGAAACGCUCAUGACAGUCGUGAAGCCUGGUCUCCCCACAACUGCUGACUUGCAUGUGCUACUACCAGCAAACCAGCCAAAGAGGAAGAGAAGUGUAACUAGUGAUAAGAGAAUAGCGGCUAUAAAGCAGGCCUUGAAUGCACACAACAUCAGUUUCUUUCUGAGGGGAGGAUACUGGGUCUUAGUGACUUUAGCUGACUCCAGUUCAGACUCUCAGAGGAUUGGAGGAGGUGGUGGCUACUGGGCUAUUGUGGUUCUCUUUGUUAUUUGUCUAGUCGCAGUUGGGGCUUUCAUCCUCUACAAGUUCAAAAGGAAACUGCCAGGCAGAAAUGUCUAUGCCCAGAUGCACAAUGAAAAAGAGCAGGAGAUGACAAGCCCUGUUAAUCAUAGUGAGGACACCCAGAACAUCAUCCAGGGUGAGGAGUUUAUUGAUGAUGAUCUGGACUCUCAAACACUAGGUAACGCAAGAGUGACUCCUUCUGGGAGAAGUGGCAACUUGAACAGCUACAGAGUUCCCUUAUUGCUGAUGCCGGUCAGUGUCCAGUCCCAGGCAAUCACUCAGGCGUGGUUUUGA